UUUAACGUUGCUUAAGCAACACUGAGGUUUUUCCUGUGGGAUAGCUCCAGCUCCUCCCCCUCUGUCUUCACUGUAAUGCGAUGAGAACAGAGCUCUAUCUCUUCUGUCAGUGCGGAACAACGCGCGGUCGAUGCGUAUCUCCGGUUUUCAGCAGACGUAAAGAGGUGGGAGCGCUGGAGCGUAUUUAUAGCAACCAAGUGUGUUGGUGCAGGUAUUCCUGAUGGUAGGGGUGAAUACAUCACAUUAACCACACUUGACGUGCUUCACUCAGCAUCGGACAGAAGGAGAACAGAGCAGCUAUCAUGGACUUAAAUGACAUCAAGCCUGAUGAACUGGUGGCACACAGAGGCUUCAAGUUGAUCAAUGGCACUCAUGAUCCAGAUGAUGUGGACCAGAUUUACAACCUGGAGAUCAGAGACUCGGAUGUGUUUGUCGUCACUUACCCAAAGUCAGGGACCAUCUGGAUGCAGCAGAUCCUGCUGCUCAUUGAAACAAAGGGAGAUCUGACAGCCAUCAGUAAGCUCAGCAACUACUCCAAUGCUGAUCUCAUCCCCUGGAUCGAGGUGACUGGUAACAGAGAGAUGUUUAUCCUGGCCCCAUCACCCCGGCUGAGGGUCACACAUCUGCAGUUCCACUUCAUGCCUCCUGCUCUCAGCCAGAAAAAGGGCAAGGUCAUCUACGUGGCAAGAAAUCCCAAAGAUGUCCUUGUGUCUUACUUCUACUUCCAUAAGCUUGCAAACAUGUUGGAAACUCCAAAGGAUUUCAAUGACUUCUUUGAGAAAUUCAUGAGAGGAGACGUGUUUGGGUGCAGCUGGUUUGAGCAUAUUAAGACUUGGUACUCACACAAGGAUGAUAUGAACAUGCUGUUCAUCACUUAUGAAGAGAUGAUUCAAGACCUGCAGUCAGCAGUGGAGAGGAUCUCCUUGUUCUUGGGUAAAGAGCUGACUGAUGAGCAGCUGACCAAUGUGGUGAAACACAGCACCUUCAACAACAUGAGGAAGAUCCCUCAGGCCAACUAUGAGCAGGUGCCAGGUGACCUGUUCAGCCACCAUCAGGGAAGAUUCAUGAGGAAAGGCACCAUCGGAGACUGGAAGAAUCACUUCACUGUGGCCCAAAACGAGAGGUUUGAUGAGGUCUUCCUCAAAGAGAUGGAGCAUUUUCCUCUGCAUUUUAUCUGGGACACAAAGGACGUUGAGUGAUCAGAUGUUGGUUUCAUGACUAAAAAACGAAAAAGACAGUCACAGUAACAACCUCAUAAUCACUAUGCUAUACAGAAAGAAAAAACUUUGUUCAUGUCAGCUUCUCUUUACUAUUGUCAUACCAGUGUCUUUGUACAUUUUAGCCUCUCGUGCCCAGGCCACUGCCUACCUCUGCCUGUGUGUGACAGCUAUUUCACUGAACUGCUGCGGCUGGCACGCAUGUGGUGUUCACACAGACAGCGUUACUGCUGUGGCGCUGCUGCCUGCCAGCCAUCAAUAUUUUACUAUUAAAGCCUUGUGUUAACAAAUCAA